AUGGCAGACAUGGAAUGCCAGAUCUGCCACACCCGUGCCGCUGAGGUGGAAGGCCGCUGCUGCCGGCCAUGCAUGGAGGUGGCCCGCUUACAGCGGAUGGUGCACGGCAGAAACAAUCUGCCGGCCUGGGCCGUGCCGGCAACCUUGGCACUUUUGGUCGGGACCGUCGACGCCAUCAACGCAAUGGUCUAUGGGCCGUCGUCUCGCAGCCCAACGCCCGAGCGUGACCAACCAGCGGAGCCUCGCCGCCGCAGUCGCAGCCCGCCUCGUGGCAAGGGCGGCGGCAAGUCGGGCGGCGGCAGGCCAAGCGGUGUUAGGCAGAAUGGCGGCAAGGGCCAUGGCAAACGGCCGGAAAAAGGCUGGCACGGCAACAAUCGCUCGGGCGAGGACGAUCUGGUGCAAAGGGCAGCAACUGCAGCUGCCAGGGCGGCCGUGGAAGCGGCCACUGAGGGGGAGGCCGCACUCCCACAUGAUUUUUUGCAGGAGUCCAGCCGGGCGGCCAACGAGCCAAGCGAGCUGACCGCCCGAACCGCUGAACUCCACCAUUUCAAGCCCAUAUCGGGAGGCACUUCGCAGCGCAGUAGCGCAAAAAGGACCGAGCCCGACGAGGUGCAAGCGCAGGACGUCCCUCGCCACGCCAACUCGCACGCCCCAGUCCGGAUGGAGCUUUGCAAGCCCACAUGCGUGUGUUCACCAAGCAGCCGGGGCCGCGACGACGCGGGGCGCGUACGGGGAACACGUCACUUGCACGCCGCGCGGCAUGGACCGUGUGCGAACUCGCGAAUCGGGCACGCUUUUCGGCCGGCGCGCAACCACAAGCGUGCAUCGACGUGUUCCAGGUGUGCAGGCGAGGGGCAUGACCCGCACCGUGGACGACGUGUCGGCGAAGCGUCGAACCCAGGCCCGCCCAGCGAGCGAACCGCCGACACGCCGCCCGUGCCCCAUCAUCCAGGAGCCGACAUCCGGGGCCAACGUGCCCGCGCUUUGCACGCGCUCGCCCAAAUGAGGCUGCUGCCGGACAGGCCACCCUCGCCUGCCGGGACGAUAUCCGACACGCUGGACGAGGACACGCCGUACGCGUCACCGGCGACCACCCCACGUCAGCCAGUCCCAGGCAUCGGGUCGUUUCGCCCAGGAGAACAAGCGCCGGAGCAGUCGGGCGAGGCCACGCCAGGCUUCACGCCUCCGCAGUCCCCACACCUCGACGCGGCUCUGCCUUGGCAGGAUGCGCGGCCGCCGAGCGUCCAGCCCGGCCAGCGUUGCUCCUGGCUCUUUGUGCCCUUGCUGCACGCGGGUGCCGGCCACCUCACGAGAGCAGCCGAGCAAGCCUGGCAGGAGGGACCGGGCUUCGGGACGCGCUUUGCAGAGCUCGCUGCUGCCUUGCGCCGAGCAUCCAGGUCGCGCGCGGCGGCCAUUGUGCCGCCACAGUCGCUGCCCGUGUGCGAGCCGGGUGGAUGGAUGGCCCGGCACGAUGCGGCGUUGCGCGACGAAUGUGCGCGCCAAGGUGUGCAGAUGCCGGUCCGGAUUUCUAUUGAAGAGACUGUGCGGGAGGCCGUGCAAGACUAUGCACUUCGCACCUUCACCUCCAAUGACGCGCCCGAACUACCACCGCCUCCGGGCCUCGUUGUUUUGUGUUGCAACCGGGUCGCGGCCACGCGAGGUGCGGGGGGGAUCGACUUCGUCGCUAUGCCGCACCGCGACAUGCAGCGCCUCAGCCGAUACGGCACGACGCUGGCAUUGCGGCUUGGCGACCUGGUGGGAGUACGACCGGGCCACCGAGCGCGGGCAUUUUCGCUGCUCACACGGCUGCAACCGGCCGGCUUUGCCUGCGUUGCCACAAGCCACGCGUGUCAGACCUGCGCAUGCUGGGGCCUGCGGCGGCCUUGGGAGGCGCCGCGGCUCCCGGCAACACGCAGCCGUCAGGGCUUGUUUAUCCUGGCUACCCCGUGCCCCAGUCGUGUGGUCCAGCUGCGCGCGGCGAAAGGUGCCUGGUGUCAGGUGCUCACUCGGGCAAUUGCUGGUGCCGUUCACUUCAACACUGUGGCGGCUUGGACUGAGUUGCUGAUGCUGCCCCAGGCUGUUCUGGCGGCGCCCCCCCGGACGGGGCGCAAACACCGCAAAGCCACUGCCGCAUUCACCCUGGACCGCUUGCGCCGCUGGCAGGAAGGCGAACGCAUCAGUUUGUGGGACACUCGCACAAACCUUGCUCGGCCGCCUCGGGGGGCCCUCACAGACGAGGUGCGUGCAGGCCUUGCGGAGAGCCUCGCUCGGGAAGGCUUCGACCGCAAGGCUUGCGCGGCUCUCCUCGCCUCGGGCCUGUGUGCUGAAACACCUGAAGCUGCUGAGCAGUUACGUGCCUUGCACCCCGCAGCCCCCGCUCCUGCUCUGCCACCUCACCUUCCGCCUGCUGGCGAGGUUGCGCCAGACACAGUGUCACGUUGCCUGAAGGCUUUUCCGAAAGACUCUGCGCCGUGGUUUGCGAGGUCGUCGACGGGGCUGGUUGAACAGCUGACGGCUUUAGUCAACUUGCUUGCUCGGGGGGAUGCUUGCAAGGCAGUUGCCCCCUUCCUUGCUGGAGCUCGCCUCGUCGCGGUGCCCAAGCCGAAGGGAGGACUUCGGCCUAUUGCUGUCGGGGAGCUCCUCCGUCGUUUGACUGGAAAGUGUCUUCUUGAGGCUGUGCGAGAAGGCGCCCGGGACUUCUUCUGGCCAGCGCAAGUUGGAGUCGCCGUCCCUGCCGGGGCCGAGAAGGCCAUCCACGCCACCCGCGACCCUCUCGGGCCCUUGCUGUUUGCUGCUGCCUUGCAGCCGCUGGCUCUUGAGCUCCGCACAGGACCCACCGACCUUUCCACCCUCUUCCUUGACGACGGGGUUUUGGGAGGCUCUGUUGCGGUGGUUGGCGCCGCGAUUGCUCACACGCAACGGCGUGCUGCUGAACUGGGACUCCAGCUCAACCUCAGCAAGUGUGAGGCCAUCGUUAUCGGGGGCACUGACCCUGCCGCAUUGCAAGCCCACCUGCCGCAUGAACUCCUGUGGACGGCCGAUGGCCAAAGCCGCGUCUGUCGUAACUGCGAAUUGUUGGGCGCCCCCAUCGGUGACAAGGCUUUCAUGCAAGACCAUACCCUGCAGCGUGGCCGUCGGGCCGAGCCGCUGCUCGCGGCCAUCGCAGGUCUCACCGACCCUCAGGUUGGCCUGCGACUGCUGCGUGCUUGCGCUGGCUACGCUCGGGUUCUUCACAGCAUGCGCUGCGCUCCAUCCCAUGCUCAUGUUGACGCUCUCGCACAGUUUGACCAGCUUGCGCUUGGGCGGGCCUCGGGCUACAAUCGGCUUCCCGCCACGCCCCUGCGGCUUACCUUGCCUCUCUUGCCGCCUGCAAAGACGCGUGCGUUGAGCUUGUCCCGAGCUUACAUCCGGCUGCCUUCACCAGCCAGAGUGGCUCUAGCCUCCACACAGCGUGCGUUUUCCAAGCAGCUUGAUGAGGGCGUGUGGAGGCAAAUGCUCAACUCGGCUCCUGCUGCUGACCGUGCCGAGCUCCAUUCUGAAGCACAGCUGGGUGCACGUGCAUUCUUGGCUGCUAUCCCCCAUGGUGCUUGCCGCAUGGAGCCCGCAGUCUUUCUUGUUGAGCUGCGCCGCCGCUUGCGCAUACCUGACGCUGCAGCCGAUGUGUGGUGUCCUCGCUGCGACGGUGUGCUUGACACCCAUUCAAGACAUGCGGGCAUGUGCUCGGCUGGGGGAGACAGGACCAGAUGUCACCACGCUGCCCGUAACCUUGUUGCUGCCUGGGCCGACAGGGCUGGUUUGCAACCGGAGGUCGAAAAGCCUGACCUUUUGCUCCCCCAACGCCCUGACGAAGUGCGCUUGGCCUCCCGCCGGCCCGCCGACGUUUACCUGCCUGCUUGGGAUGGGUCUCCCACCGCACUCGACCUGGCCAUCACUGGCCCCACGCGGUCCGAGACCCUUGCCACUGCUUGCCAGGAGCCGCUGGCGGCCGCCUCGGCCUAUGCUGCCUUCAAGUCCUCCCACUUGCACACGGCGCAAACAUGUGCCAGCCAGGGGGUCCGUUUCCAACAAGGCUCAGCAACACGGGGGCCUGGGAGCCCGGCGCUGCCAAGCUGCUUGCUCGUGUUGCCCGGGCUGCUGCUUUGCGUGAGGGAGUUGCCGCUGCAGCUCUACAGGACCAGCUGCUACAGGAGUUGUGUGUUGCCAUCCGCUCCAGUCAUGGUCGGUCCGUACUUUCUCGGUGGGCCCUGCCCGCGCCCGCGGCUGCCAUCGCCCACCUGA